AUGGCGGCGCAGGAGACCGAAGCAGCACAGCAGUCGACCGUGAGCAACGGCGAGGUGAGCAGUAAUGGCGCUGCAGCUUCCAGCCAGGUUGCACAGACAGGUGCGACCACACAGGACCCCCAGCAGCAGCAACAACAGCCGCAACAGCAACAGCCUAAUGCCUGGCAAGUCAUCAAAGGUGUCCUCUUCAGGAUCUUCAUAAUAUGGGCCAUCAGCAGCUGGUUCCGCAGAGGCCCAUCGACCCCUGACCCCAACACCCCUGCAGGCGCUCCCCGAGUCCCCAGCCGCAACCUUUUCCCUAAGGACACCCUUAUGGAUCUUUAUGUGUAUGUCUCUGAGAAUGAGAUAUUUUCAGAUUUCAACAACACAGAAGCCCUCUUCUGGUUCCAGAGGGAUCUGGUCUAUGGAGACUGGACCACAGGAGAGGCAGGGGAUGGCUGCUAUGAGCAAUACCAGGAACUGGACAUCCCUGAGAUUGUACAGCAAAACGGCUCUCUGUACAUCCACGUGUACUUCACCAAGAGCGGCUUCCACCCAGACCCUAAACGCAAGGGCCAGUAUCGCAGGCUGGCCACCGUCCACACCACUCGAAUGCUGAACAAGUUUAAACGCAGGAAGUUUCUCAAGACUAAGAACCUGCUGACAGGCGAGACGGAAGCUGAUCCUGAGAUGAUUAAGCGAGCAGAGAGUCACGGCCCGGUGGAGAUCAUUUCACACUGGCAUCCCAACCUAACCAUCAAUAUGGUGGAUGAUCACACAGCUUGGGUGAAGGGCUCAGUGCCCCCACCCCUGGACCAGCAUGUGAAGUUUGAUGCAGUGAGUGGCGACUACUACCCCAUCGUGUACUUCAAUGAUUACUGGAACCUGCAGAAAGAUUACUACCCCAUAAACGACACACUGAAGAAGCUCCCUCUGCGACUCACCUACUGCCCCCUUUCUCUCUGGCGCUGGCAGCUGUAUGCUGCCCAGAACGCCCGCUCUCCCUGGAACUUCCUGGGCGAGGACACAUACGAGCAGUCUGACGAAGAUCAGGACUCUGUUAAGGUGGCAUUGCUGGAGACCAACCCCUACCUGCUGGGUCUGACCAUCGUUGUCUCGAUUGUCCACAGCAUCUUUGAGUUCUUGGCAUUCAAGAAUGACAUCCAGUUCUGGAACAGUCGUCAGUCUCUAGAGGGACUCUCUGUGCGCUCCAUCAUAUUCGGGGUUUUCCAGUCCCUGGUGGUGCUCCUCUACAUCUUGGACAAUGAGACUAACUUUGUGGUGCAGGUCAGCGUUUUCAUUGGGCUGCUCAUCGACUUCUGGAAGAUCACCAAAGUCAUGGACGUCAGGCUGGACAGAGAGAAUAAGAUUGCAGGAAUAUUCCCACGAUUGAUAUUCAAAGACAAGUCCACAUACGUUGAAUCUUCAACCAAAAUCUAUGAUGAUAUGGCAUUUAAGUACCUGUCCUGGCUGCUGUACCCGCUCUUUGGGUGCUACGCUGUUUACAGCUUAAUCUAUGUAGAGCACAAAGGCUGGUACUCAUGGGUGCUCAGCAUGCUCUAUGGGUUUUUGUUAACCUUUGGUUUUAUCACUAUGACGCCACAGCUCUUCAUCAACUACAAGAUGAAAUCAGUGGCACAUCUUCCAUGGAGAAUGCUCACCUAUAAGGCACUAAACACAUUCAUAGAUGACCUGUUUGCCUUUGUGAUCAGAAUGCCCAUGAUGUACAGAAUAGGCUGUCUCAGAGAUGAUGUAGUGUUCUUCAUCUACUUGUACCAGAGGUGGAUCUACAGAGUGGAUCCCAACCGCGUCAACGAGUUCGGCACAAGCGGAGUGGACCACAGUAAGGAAGACUCAGCCCAGGCAGCAGUGGGAGACACAGCCGCUCCCGCCAUCACAGAUAAACCAGAGGGGGAGAAGAAAAAUGAUUAACCUCAUUUUACGACCAAACCGCCCCC